ACGGAGAAAAAUCGAUCGCCAACGGUAAAAUUUGGUUUGUGUAUAAAUUUGAGCUGUGAAAAUGAGGUUUAAGAGUAAGUCCUAAAUUUCGUUCAAAGAAUCCUAAAUCCCCAAAACUGCAAUACCAUUGUGAUUUUGCCAUCAUCCAAGACCACCAAUUUCCCCCUUCUUUCUCAUUCGUAUAGUUCUGCAGUAGAUCUAGUUAUAGCUCAAGGUUAAUAUGUCUAUUUCCAAAGAUGCUUCAGAUCUCAGAUCCACCACAAAUCUUCGACUUCUUAUGUAAAUUCGGCCACCAACAUGAUUAUUAUGCAAAUAACUCUCUUUUUACCCCAAAUUCAGCCAGCCGGGGCACUCAGAUUGAAGCUGAAGAAGUUUUCUGAAGUUCCUGCGCCAGAUCCUGUAUUGCAUUAGAUUCGAGAAUUUGGACUGCUACCUCUCUCUUCAGCUUAUCUCACUAUGGCUGAUGCUGGUCUGAUAUAUGCAUUUGUUGAAAUGUGGCAUAGAGAUACCAACUCAUUUCACAUGGCAUUUAGAGAGAUGACAAUCACAUUAGACGACGUGACGACUCUUCUUCAUAUCUCACCUCGUGGUAAAUUUUUUGAUGCACUUGUAAAUAUGAAUACUAAUAAUCCUGCCAAAGCUGCUCAUGAGUACUUAGGUACAACAUGAGCGGAGAUUAAUUAUAAUAAAUGUGCCCAAUAUAGACUGCAAUGGUUGCGUGAUUUAUAUAGUCGUCUCAUUUAGACUAACCAGUUUGAGUGUGGUGCUAGAACGUACCUGUUGCAGUUAGUUGACAACACUAUUUUCGCUGAUAAAACGCAUACACGUGUGGAGGUGAAAUAUGUUAGUUUGUUUAUUGAGUUAGAUAGUUGUCGAGACUAUUCGUGGAGUACCGCAACAUUGAUUUUCCUGUAUGACAAUCUGGAAGAUGGAGCUGUCCACGACAUUCGAUAGUUGGGAGGUUACAUGAAUAUAUAUAUAUAUAUUCUAGACCCCAAUAUAUAUAUAUAUUCUAGACCCCAAAAUUCUUACAAUCAAAGAAAACCUAAUUUUUACAUGAACAAACCUUUCCAAAAGAAGUUCAAACCUCAAACUUCAAAACAAAUAAGUUGUUAUAAGUGUGGCCAAACAGGACACAUCUCAAGAUAUUGCAAGAGAAAUAAAAAACUCCGUGAAUUAAAAAUCGAUGAACAAAUAAUUCAAAAAAUAGAGGCAAUACUUUUAGAAACUUCUGAAGAAGAAACUGUCACGGAUUCUGAAAUAGGUUCAUCAGAAAAUGAUAUACCUCUACAGUUUGAUGAACUAGGAACCUCCGACUCUCUUGGCGAUUCAGAAGCCAGUACAAAAUCAAUUAAUGUUUUAACAAAGGAUCAAGAAUUAAUUCUUGAUUAAAACAAGUUGAAGAUACAAAACUUCAAAAAGAAAUAAUAGGAAAACUGUUAAAUACUUUUGAAUCAAAACAAGGUCAACCUUCCACAUCUUCAUCAAAAUUACUUCCUAAGACCACUUAUGACCUAACAAAUAUCUUAGGAAAAAGAACAAAGUCACAAGCCCAUGUCACAAUUCAAUCUCUGCAAGAGGAGAUUAAAAUUGUAAAAUAAGAGAACUCUUAAACAAAAACAAGAAAUUGAUUCAAACAUUCUUCAAAAUACCACUCCUACUGUUCAUCUUCUCCACUCUCAAAACAACCAUGGCUCGAACCAAACAGUCAGCGCGCAAAAAUGCCUCUCCCUGUACACCACCCUCUUCAUCUUCUUCAUACGAAUCCAUAGAGCGUUCACCCUCUCCACCACCUCGCCCAACACCACCACACACCUCUUCUGCCUCUCCUUCUUCUAACACCAGUCAAGAAGUCCUCAAUCUUAUCCCUCUGUCUACUUUUCUUCCAUCAUUGUAUACUCGCCCCACACCAAACUUGGCUCAAGUGCCUCCUCAUUUACGCAUUCGAAUCACUCCUCCACGAUGCUCCAUGCGAGUCCAAUCUGGAAUUGGUACUUCAAAAUCAAUGAACCCUAAACCCCAUUACUUCAUCAUCUCAGAUUCUGAGAGUGAUGAUUCCUCUGAUUCAUGUCCCCCAUCAGCAAAACCACCAACACAACCUGAAUCAUCAAUAAAAACUACGCCCUCAACAACAACACCACCACCACAACAUCCAUCAUCAACUUCAGCACAAUCACCAACAACCACUAAACCUUCCACACCUUCAAAAUCUGCCUUCUCCUCUGAACCGUCACAAUCAACUCCUCCACACCAAAAACGGAGAUCGAUCAAUGACAUUGUUUCCCCUCCUACCAACCAAAAAGAACCAAUCUCUCAACCCAAACCACAAACUAAAAUCAUGAAAACAAAAAUCAUAAUGACCAUUGCUCAAUACCUUGCUCGUAAAAAUCUUCCAAAUCCUCAGAGAAGAAAAACUUUUGCCCCCAAACAAAACCUAAAAAAAUCCUCUCCCCAUCCACAACCUUCCCCACAAAAACACACCAAACGUUCUCCAUCUCCUCAGUCAUCUUCUCCUUCCACAUCAUCUGCCUCUGAACCGUCUCCUGCCACUAAGAAACCCAAACAGACUACUCCUCCUCUGAUUUCCCCUGCAAAAACUAAACUCUUCAAAGAAAAAUGGGCUCAACGCCCAGUUGGGAUUGGCCGAGUUUUUGUUCUUAACAAUCUUGUUGUUGACGGAAAUGCUGUUGAGCAUCACACUGAUGCUCUUGGAUGGACAUCCUUCUUAAAAAUCUCUGAAUCGUAUUACUGA